AUGGAUGACAUUAUCGUGACAGUCAUCAUUGCUGCAGCCGUUGUGCUAUUGUUGUUCCUGUAUUGUAGAAGAAAGAGGAGCAGGACGGUCUCUGCAGGUUCACCAACAGAGGCAGAAGAAAGAAGGUUGAUCAAGGAAGUCAAAGAGAAAACAGUGACUGUUACUAAGAGAAAGAUCAUGUUUGCAGAGACCCAGAGAACUGCCUCAUUGUUUGAGCUGUUUAAAAAAACAAAUGUUCAGGAGGUAGCAAAGGAAAUUGUCUCACUGGAUGAAGUCAGUGCCAUCAUGCAUAAGGCUGGCCUCGAGGACUGUAAUCUUAUUUUUGGUAUUGACUACACAGGAUCUAACUAUUUACAAGGUAAAAAGACGUUUGGCGGGAAAUGCCUUCAUGAUAUCAACGACAGGGGACUUAACCCUUACCAAAGUGUGAUAGGCACACUUGGUGAGACACUGGAGCCAUUUGACAGUGACGGAGCUAUCCCAGCAUUUGGUUUUGGUGAUGCUUACACAAAAGACCAUUCUGUAUUCUCUCUGAGGCCGGAAGAAAUUCCUGCAGGAUUCAAGGAAGUGCUAGAGAUCUACAACCAGAUAACACCCAAGAUUCGACUCGGAGGCCCAACUAAUUUUGCACCACUAAUUAAUCGAGCUAUUGAAAUUGUCAAAGCAACCAAUGCAUAUCACAUCCUAGUUAUUGUGGCUGAUGGACAAGUAACCAAUGAAAGGGCCACAACUGAGGCUAUAGUAGAAGCAUCUAACUAUCCUCUAUCAAUCAUCACAGUCGGCGUGGGUGAUGGUCCCUGGGACACCAUGGAGGAAUUUGAUGAGAAGUUGCCAGUUAGGAAAUUCGACAACUUCCACUUUGUUGAUUAUGCCAAGGUCACACAAGGAGUCGACAACCCUAGUGCAUCAUUUGCUAUUCAUGCUUUGAAAGAAAUCCCUGACCAAUACAAAGCAAUCAAGAGAUUGAACCUUCUUUAG